UGCAAGAUGAACUUCUUCCAACGCCCUCUGUGGCACUCUUUUAUUUGCCCAAGCUGCAUUCAACGCCUACUCAGUCGAAGUCUUUGGCACACUCGUGGCAAGGCUCUUAUAAAGGCCCAAGAUGGUUUUCGCUCCCUGUUUAUCAAAUCCGCCUCCUUCCGUCCCUCUCUAAGAGGUUCGAACCUCACCAUCGCCCAAGCACGAUGCUCUCGGAAUAACAGAUAUAGUACGAGCCCCUCGAAGAAACCCCUCCGAAUCGCUGUAAUAGGCUCCGGUCCAGCAGGAUUCUAUACCGCGUACCGAUUGAUGAAAAAAAUUCCAGAUGCAGUGGUGGACAUGUACGAACAAUUCCCAGUGCCAUACGGGCUAGUGCGUUUCGGAGUUGCACCUGAUCACCCUGAAGUAAAAAAUUGCCAGGGCAAAUUCGAGGAGGUGGCUGAGUCUGCACGCUUCAACUACAUUGGAAACGUUCGUGUAGGCUAUGACGUUGAGCUGGUGAAGAUGAAACCCCAUUAUGAUGCAAUACUCUUCUCAUAUGGAGCUUCUGAGGAUAGGAAAUUGGGCAUCCCUGGAGAAGAUUUGCCGGGGGUUUUAUCAGCGAGAGCAUUCGUGGGUUGGUAUAAUGGUCUUCCACAGUUCCAGGAUCUCACACCAGAACUCGAAGCUGGGGACCAAGCAGUCAUUAUAGGUCAAGGAAAUGUCGCACUAGACGUUGCCCGGAUUCUCUUGACACCAGUAGAUGAAUUGCGAAAAACAGAUAUUACAGAGCAAGCAUUGGAGUUCUUAUCUCGGAGUAAAGCUCGAUCUGUGAAGCUCGUUGGGAGACGUGGGCCGCUACAGGCAGCAUUCACUGUCAAGGAAGUCCGGGAACUGAUGAACAUUCCGUCCGUGGCAUUCGAGUCCAUCGACACGUCUCUAUUCCCACACGACACCAAUAAGCUCCCUCGUGUUCAAAAGCGGAUAGCCCAAGUGCUAAAUAAAGGAUCUGCAAGUCCCCUCUCGUCUUCACCCAAGUCGUGGGGUCUCUCGUUUCUCCUCGCUCCAAAAUCCAUGAACACCUCUACAGACUCCAAACGUAUUUCUUCCGUAGAUUUCACUAACCAGGCCUUCGCCCUGAACACCGACCCUUUCUCCAAAACUGCCUCUGUAGUUCCCACAGGUGAAAUAACUACCAUUCCGGCAUCCUUAGCAUUUAGAUCCGUUGGUUAUAAAUCUGCUGCCCUUCCAGGGCUGUCAGACAUUGGAGCGCCCUUCGAUGCAAAGCUAGGCAUAAUUCUCAAUGACCCCUAUGGCCGCGUGAUGACCCCGUCCGGUGGACCCGGAAACCUUGCGGCUAGGCACAUUCCUGGCCUUUAUUGUGCUGGCUGGGUCAAGCGAGGUCCGACUGGCGUCAUUGCUAGUACAAUGGACGAUGCUUUUAUAUCGGCCGAUAUUAUAGCUCGGGACUGGGAACAGCGAGUUCCUUUUUUGAACGUUGAGAAAGGUCAAAAUACGAGUACGGGCCUGGGGUGGGACGGAGUAAAAGGCUCUCUUAUUGGGAGUGGAGUUCGUCCCUUGGAUUGGAAUGACUGGAAGAAGAUCGAUGCUGCUGAAAAGGAGCGAGGCCGGAUGAUUGGGAAAGAGAGGGAGAAAUUCGGUACUGUAGCAGAGAUGCUGAAUGUCUUGGAUAGGUGAGGGGAUAAUGAUCUGAAUCCUCUAUUCAUUCCUAGUAACGGGGAAAACUUCGAGAUAUGAAUCAUCCUUGUAUAGCAGGUAGUUUAAUAACCUAAUGUGCACCUAAGCAGUUUCCUUUCCCG